AUGUUACAUCUCUCCAUUCUGCAUCACUCACAAGUCAGUAUCACUUGGAUCUCGAUCUUUGUUAAAAACAAAUAUUUGUUCUUCACACUCCAGCUCCUCACAUCCGCCAGCGUCGUAAUCGCACGUACACCGCAGCGCGCGAAAGCCAUACUCUUAAUUGAUCUUCCCGAACACCUGUGCACAUGCCUUGCUCUCGUCCUCAUCUUUUUGCUCAUGGAACCUUGCGAAUUUCCCUACAGUUCUCUUGUAAAGACUUGGACAGAAGCAGAGCCAAGGUCUCAGGUAACAAAACGAGCAGCUCAGGCGAUCUGUCGAACGAAGCCAUCCAGGAUGAAGCGAUGGAGUGCUGCGAGGAACACAUCUGCGCUGAGAUUGCAGGUGGAUGGUACUGGACAGCACCUGGUGGAAACACUACAGGACAGGACAUUGGAAUCCGACGUUGACCAUGAUCGAGUACAAGAAGAAUUGGGACGCAGCAUGAGGUGGAAUGGAUUAUCCUCCACAGAGUCCACACUGGAGAAGGAACGGCGCUUGGAGGCGCAUGGACCGCCAAGCACUUUCACGCUGCCCCUUUCUGCGCGCAAGUGGUCGUUCGCUUCCUACUCCUACACGUCAAAUAGUACACGAGAGUACAGCGCGCAAAUCCAGCACUCGUUCAUAGUGCAGCCAUUCAUUCAUUCAUCCACCCAAAUACACUCUUUCGAGCAACGACCAAUCACUCAUUUCCGGAGCGGACCAACAGACAUCACCACCGCGACUAGACUUCCCACUCAUCCUUCUCCAUAA